AUGCCACAUCUCACAGCAUCCCAUGUAAUGCUCACAGCAUCCCCACCACAGAUGCAUGCUCUGACAGGCAGUUUGGUGAAUGACUCUCUCUCUGCUUGCUCUCUGUCGUGCUUCUUCUCCCCUGCCUGCCAGGAGCCCAUCUUGCAGCGACAGCUCCUCCUGGGCGCCCCUGCUCGCCCAUGUGGCAGCGGCAGCUCCUGUGGACGGCUGGCGAGGGGUGAAGGCGCCUCAUGCCAUGGUUUCCUUGCACUCACUCUCUUUCUUUCUCUGCCUCUCCUUCGCUGGCAGGUGUUGUUUUGGUUUGGAGGCCCCUCGCUAGCCAACACUCAAGGCAUCACCAAGGCGCAAGGCACCACCGAGGCCCCUCUGCACGCCUGCAAGCGAGCGCCCGGGCCUGCAGCGCCCGUGCACGCGCCAUCAACAGAUAAGCUCACCGCCCUUGGGUUCUCAUCUGCUCCCUGUCUGCUUUUGCAACCCCUACCGCCAUGCUGCCUGCCUUGCCAUUUCCUCGCCCCCCCACCUGCUGCCGUGUCAGCCGUCCCUCCAUGGAGCCUCUCCCCCAAGUUUAGGCACUCUGCUUCAAGCCUGUUCAAGCUCAAGCUCAUGUUCCCUGCGCUGUCAUCCCCCCAUCCGCCCUCCCCCUGGCUCUCAUGCCAACCACCCCUCCACAGAGACUUCCCUCUUGGCUUGCUGCUCCAAGCCUCUACUGGAGUGCAAGGCGCAGCAGGAAGGCCCACGAGCAUGGCACAGGAGGAAGGCGCACGAGCAUGGCACAGGAGGAAGGCCCACCAGCAUGGCACAGGAGGAAGGCCCACGAGCAUGGCACAGGAGGAAGGCCCACGAGCAUGGCACAGGAGGAAGGCGCAGGACUAA